AUUCUAUUCCAGGGAUGUGAUGGUUUGUCUGAGGAUAAAGAACAUGUUACCUGUCUCCUCUGUCAACCUUAGACUGAAGUUUGGGGUCCCUCAGUCUGUGUCUAACAUUUCUCAGCACCUAGACAGCAGUGAGCAAACAGCCACACUGGAAAAGGCAGACAGUACUAUUUUAUGGAAAUUAAAAUCAUUGGCUCCUCACACUGAAUCCGUCGCUCAGUUUAGGUUGAUUAGUCAAAGCGGUGCACUAAACAGGGAAGAUGUUGGACCUCUUAGAAUGGAGUUUGAGAUUUCUGGCCAUUUACUAUCAGGGAUGAAGAUAAAAACUGUGAAAAUUGUGAAUCAAGAGCAGACAACUCCACAGAAGUGGCUGAGAUACAUAACUGUCAGUGAUUCAUUUCUUGUUAAACUUGUGUAGCAAUGAUACUAAAGAGUAGAUAUUAUAUUAUUAUAAGAAAAUAUGUGCAGUCUAUUUUUAUGCUAACUUAACAAAAUUUCCUUGAUCAUUACAAUUUGUACAAAAUGUUUUUGUGAUAGAUACAUGUAAUUUAAAUCUCUCAAUUUGUAGAAAACUUGGAUAUCCUCAAUCAGAUGUUUUAGAUGAAGUUAAGUACAAUAUUUUACCAUGUCCUUAAGGAUUUUUGUGGCGUGGUAUCAGAGGAAUCGUUACAAGAAAAUCUUCUCUUGGUUCUAGAGGUUCUCAAUAUAUUUCUGGACUUUGGAUAUGUCCAGCUAUCCACUACAGAUAAACUACAGCCUCAUAUCCAAUCCACACCGGUACUGACCAGAAUAAAGAGGCAGCCAACACAGCAUAUUACAUCACGGGUGUUUGGCAUAGAAACAAAAACCAGCCCUAUCCCAGCCACAGACAGACCUGUCAUAAGUUCCUCUGUCCAGAAGGAUAAGAGAAAGAAUAAACUAUAUGUGGAUGUCAUAGAAAAGAUCACAAGUGUUAUAAAUGCUGAUGGGAGUGUUUCACGUCUUGAGGUCAAUGGUGCUAUGAAGAUUAAAAACUUUCUCUUUGGCAGACCACAGGUCAAGGUCAUUUUAAACAACAACAUCAUAGUUCAAUGGAAUUCUAGAAUUAAAGCUUAUGGAGACAAUGUCCAGUUGGAUACCUGUGUGUUUCAUGAAUCUGCCAAAGUGGACAAUGUGGACACACCCAGUGUACUGACCAUCUGUCCUCAGAUUGGAGAGUUUACAUUGAUGUCCUACUCGGUCAGUGGAGAAAGCAGCAUUACCUCCCCUUUCCAUUUUGUCUCCUCUGUCCAGCCAUUAGAACACAGCAGGGAUGUAAUGGUUUGUCUGAGGAUAAAGAACAUGUUAUCUGUAACCUCUGUCAACUUAAGACUGAAGUUUGGGGUCCCUCAAUCUGUGUCUAACAUUUCUCAGCAUCUAGACAGCUGUGAGCAAACAGCCACACUGGAAAAGACAGACAGUACUAUUCUAUGGAAAUUAAAAUCACUGGCUCCACAUGCUGAAUCUGUCGCUCAGUUUAGGUUGAUUAGUCAAAGCGGUGCUCUAAAAAGGGAGGAUGUUGGACCUCUAAGAAUGGAGUUUGAAAUUUCUGGUCAUCUGCUAUCAGGGAUGAAGAUAAAAACUGUGAAAAUUGUGAAUCAAGAGCAGACAACUCCACAGAAGUGGCUGAGAUACAUAACUGUCAGUGAUUCAUUUCUUGUCAAACUUGUGUAGUCAAGAAAAUGAAGAGAAGAUAAAGGUUUAUAAGAAAAAGUGUGCAAUUUAUUUUUAUUAUAGCCUAUUAAAAUUACCUUUAUUACUGCAAUGUGUACAA